AUGGCAACAGCAAAGUGCAUCCCUGCUGAGCCUCAGCCUAGAAGGCAAGAACUCCAGGAGAUGCUGACAGUAGUGGGGUUGUCUGUUGACUACUGGCUUCCUAAACUUAAGGAAGACAUGGGUGUGACCUGUGCCCAGAACUUACAACAAUUAGAAGAAAAAGACCUCCAGAAGCUGAAGUCCCAGACACAGCACACAUGGGAAGAAAAGGCUCUGGAGAAGUUGCUUGACCUCUCACAGCCAAACUGUGUUGCAGAGUUCCAGGAGACUUCAGGGGAGAUGAUAAAGAGCAGACAGCAGCAGGCAGAACAGACACUGCAGGAACUGAGGGCCUUGCAGUCAGAAGGGAAAGAAGAAGAAGAAGAAGAAGAAGAGAGGAAAGAAACAGAGCUGAGACAAGCAAUGGAGAUCCCUGAAGAGUGCUGGCCAGGACCUGAAGUACCCCUCAAAGAAAUCACUGAAACAGUGGAGAGACAACCAGGAGACAUGGAGCAGAAACUGACCUACAGGGGAAAUCUGCCAGAUAGAGAAUUAGUUAGAUGGGCUUCUGGAGGGCUGGCUCUGCAGGGAAUAUACAAGACGUGUCAUAAAAAGAACCUGGUAGCAAGGAGAGAAGAACUACUCAGGGUCCCCAAGGAAUUUGUCCUCUUUGGAUCUGAGAAAGCAAAAAGAAUGGAAGCAAAAGAAUUCACAUCUUAUCAAGAAGAAACCCUAUUUACCAAAAAUGUGGAGAAGCUGGGAUUUGGAGCAAUGACAUCAGCCACAGGUGGAUCCUGGGGAUUUAGUCAAGAAUGUGGUAGAGAUCAAAGCAAACAUUCAGAAUCUAAGGACACACACCAGUCAUAUUCAGAGCAGUCUUAUUUCUGCUCAGCCAAGUUCAGCUUUGUCCCGCUGGUCUCCUUCCACUUUCGAAUUGAUGAGCUCCAGCUCUCCCCUGCUGCUCUCAAGGAACUGAAGAUUAUUGAGGAACAACUUGAACACACUGACGGACCAGACAGAUUCCUCUUACUGAGGAACAGGACUGAAAACUUCUUCAACAGAUUUGGUUCUCAUGCUAAUCAAGGCCCUCUGCAUCUUGGGGGAAUCUACUGGUGGAAGGCCUUUUCAGAGGGUUUCAGAAGUGACCAGCUGGAUUGUGUGAAGCAGCAGAUAGAAGAGGCCUUGGAUAGUUACAUAAGGGCAGGCUACAAUGGCUUUAGAGUCAAAUUUAUGGCAGGAAUAACAAAAUCAGACUCACAUUCAGUAAGGUCCUGCCAAAAUGCAACUAAUCAACAGCUCCAAAUCAAAGUCCAAUUAUCUGUGGCCCAGAUAGGUGGACCACCAGAAGCAAAUGGAAUUGUUCAGUGGACAACUGGCCUUCUUGCCAGCAACAAAACCUGGUGUGUCAUUGACCGAGAACAUCAGCUGGUACCCAUUUGGGACAUCAUCCUAUCAAAUCACAGAAGCAAUUUUAAGGACCCCUUUCUGGUGGCUAACUGCCUGGCAGAAAACUACUCUGCUCUGACUGGCCUUGAUGCCCGCGUCCAGGCUGGAGAACAUAUGUUGAUCCCUGAGAAGGAAGCAGGGAAUAUCCUGGAUGAUGGGAAAUCCUGGGAGGUCUCUAACCCUGAAGAAAAACUUAAGAAGCUGAUGAGUUUUAUGCAAACACUGGCCCACAAAACAAAAGGUUAUGACUUAUGGAUUAAUAGGUGUCUCGAAGAUUUAGAUCUGCAGAUUUUUCUCAUAAACACUGUCAACUUUUGCAAAAACCCAUCCAUUCAAAAAAUUCUGUUUAUUCAACCUCAGUUACACAGUCUUCUAGAACCUCAUGUCAACAAAGUAAAAUACUUUCCUCAGGUGAAGUCAAUGAUUCAGUGGAUCGACCAGACAGAGUCAGAGGAAAAGCAGGUCAAAAUCACUGAAUUAUCUGAAUUCCUUAAAAUUCUGAAAGAAAUCCAAACAGCUCUCGUGGAAGCAAAUGACAAAUCUGAGUCCCUAGAAACAGUGGAAGAAGCUCAAAGAAAGGCUACCUGUGAGGUCACCACAGCUCUUAGCUCCUUCUUGAACUCUCUCAGAGAAGCAGAGCAGCCAGACAUGCAGUUGCUAAUGCUCUCCAGUGCAGCUGCUGCAGGCUACCAGCUGGAAAGCAAUGUUUUCCAGCCUCUCCUGGGGUGUGCUGAGAUAAAUUUCCUACUGGAUGAAAUACAAUCUGUCCAAGACAGAUAUCAGGAGCUCAAAACUAUCUGCACAGACAGGGCACAGGCAUUCCUAGUGCUCAAAGCUCUGACCACCACAGUGAAUGUCUCAGAGAUUUCGCCAGAAGAAAAAACACAACGCUUGGGAUUAAUAAGACAGCAUAUGGAGCAUUUACAAUUGUCUACAAAAUUUGGACAAGUCCUCACAAAGUUUGAAACAGAUCAUGAUUGGGAAAAUCUAGAGAAUAACUUGAGAUUAUUCAUUGAUGGGAAUUAUGAAGACACCAUCUCUGCUUUGAAAGUGGAAGAAAUGAUAAAACAGCUGCAAAGUCUUGACCUUGAAAAGAAAGAAGCUUAUAAUCAACAAGAUAAUGAAAACAACCAAAAGGAAAACAUAGAAAAGGGACCGUUGCUAGAUUUACUCCAGCGUCUAGGUCUAGAACAUCACUACCCAAAAAGGAUGAGCAAAGCUGACUUCCAUCUGAUCUAUAAGACUUCUGUGUACAACACACAGCCAAGAUCUGAACAGGAACUUCCCUUCUAUUUCCUACAGAAGCUCCUGAUGCUAGAUUGUGGGUUCAGACAUCUGGUCUUCAAAAAUGAUGGAAAUGCAGACACCCAAGACUCUGUAGGUCCUGACAACUCAGAAAAUGAGUCUUUUGAUCCAUAUGAAGAGUUCUUUGAUGACAGAUAUAAACUUACUAAUUUUUCAGCCACUGAGUUCCGGCCUCACAUUCACCCAAUGGACAUCCAGAUGGCCAUUUUUCACUGUUCAGAUGAUCUUGCCAGGCAAUAUAUUUUGUCCAAACUUUCCAUUUGUCAAUUUGCACUCCCACUUGUGGUGCCAAAUAUCAACACUUCUAAGAUGGAAUUCUCUCUCUGGUCUCUCAGACAAAUCAGGAGAAGUUGGCAAGAGUCAAGUAAAUCACCACAGGACAAGAGCUACAGUCACAGGAAUCAGCAGAUGUGCUGUGUCUCUGCCCCCAUAGUGUCCUUCAUUAGAGUUGGAAAAGGCUUCUCUGCUUCCAAAUCUCAGAUCAUGAACUCUCUUCUCAGUAAACGUAAACAUGAUGUGUUUUUUCACAGGCACUGCAGAGGAAGCAGCAAAGACUGUUUCCUGAUGCAGGGAGUGGUGGAGGUCUGUUGGUUCUGUCCUGGGGACCAAAGUGAGGACAUAUUUGACAAGUGUGUGACCUUCACCAAUCUUCAUGGAGAUGCCAAGGACCAUAAACAACAACUCAGUUUCCUGCAGGAUGUCUCUUCUGUCAUUGUGAUCCUCAUGUCAGCUUCUGAUGAUAAUGAAGAAAACCAAAAACUUGUCAGAUACCUCUGUCAGUCAUCAAGAUCUCUGAUCUGUUUGGCUGAUGACAAAGAAAAAGCCACAGCCAGUUAUUCUGGUAAAAGAAUGAGAAUUGGCAUCAGGAAUAGAAAUGAAGCAGAAUUAACAGAGGAACUCACAAAUGCUAUCAAACUUUUACUAGAACUCUCUGGCCAUCCACUCAGCUUAGAGGACUGUUCAAAGAUUGCUAGAAAACAAGGAUUUCUGAUUGAUGAAGAUCAAAGAGAAAUUAAGGAAGCCAAAGAAAAGGCACAGACUACAAUGGACCUCCUGAAACUAUCAAAGUUACCUGAGAUAAAAGAAAACUUGCUGCCGCUGCAGGGACAACUUUGGCACCUUUGGUGUAAGAAGGACAAGGAACUCUAUCAUCUGCGAGAAAGGGGGAAUCGGAGCAUUGAACAACACAAGAGUGAAAUUGAGGUAGAAAAACAGAAAAUACGAUGUCAGCAAUUUAAUAAGGCCUUUCCUCUCAAUCCCUUAAUGUGCUCUGUCCUACAAAUUCUCCAAGAAGAUUUAGAAAUUUACCCCAAACUAUAUUUCUUACACUGGAUGAAUAUGGUUUUGGAAAAGCUAACUUCAGGACACUUGGAGAAUUUGCAUGGAAAGCAACAAUCUUUGUGGUCACUGCUACAGGCAGAAAAGCAAACGGCAGACAGAAGCAGCUCCCUGACACUUUGGCAGAAGCAGAUAGAAGCCAUCUCUACCGAGAUUCUGAACUGCACUUUAGGAAUUGAGCACCUUCUCCGAGAAGUUGGCCAGAUCUAUGAAGUUCUGGAAGAAACUUCCUCCUCUAGAGACAGCCUUUUUCUCUACCUCCCCCAGAUUGCUGCAGACUUGAUGGUAGCUGGGGUUCCCAUUGAGCUGAUGGAUGCGGAUGCUUCGUAUGUGCCUCUAAAGUGGGUGUCAGCUGUUUUUGACAAGAUCUCAGAGAAAGUUGGAGACAAAAGAUUGUUUGUUCUCUCUGUCCUUGGCCUACAGAGCUCAGGGAAAUCCACCCUACUGAAUGCACUGUUUGGGCUGCAGUUCACAGCCAGUGCAGGCAGGUGCACCAAGGGGGCCUACAUGCAGCUCCUGAAGGUGGAAGAGACAUUCACAGAGGAACUUGGCUUUGAUUUUGUGCUUGUUGUAGACACAGAAGGACUUCGGGCUCCAGAACUCAACAGCAAAUCCCAUCAUCGGGACAAUGAGUUGGCUACAUUUGUCAUUGGCCUUGGAAACUUGACUCUGAUCAAUAUUUUUGGGGAGAAUCCCUCUGAGAUGCAAGACAUCCUACAAAUAGUGGCCCAGGCCUUUCUGAGGAUGAAACAAGUGAAAAUCUCCCCCAGUUGCUUCUUUGUCCAUCAGAAUGUGGGAGAUGUUACAGCUAAAGACCAAACUAUGGAAGGACGAAGGAGACUGGAGCAGAGACUGGAUGAAAUGACAGCAUUAGCUGCUGAACAGGAAGAGUGCUCAAACAUAACCCGCUUCAGUGAUGUAAUUAGAUUUGAUGUCAAUAGUCAUGUCUACUACUUUGCUCACCUCUGGGAUGGCAAUCCCCCAAUGGCUCCUCCCAAUCCUCACUAUAGCCACAACGUCCAGGAGUUGAAAACUGGGAUUCUUAGGACUGCCCAGCAGGAAUCCAGGGGAAAGAUCAUGAAGAUCUCAGAUGUAAAAUUCCGAGUUCAGGAUUUGUGGAAAGCCCUGGUCAGUGAGAACUUCAUUUUCAGUUUCAGGAACACCCAAGAAAUCAUAUCUAUGAGCAAACUGGAAACCAUGUAUAACCACUGGACCUGGGAGCUGAGGAGUCAUGUGCUGGAUUUACAGAAUCAGCUGACCAAUCAGAUAGAAAAUGGGAAAAUCCUGAUACUCACACCCAGCACACUGGAGGGUCCAAUCAGUACAAAAUAUGAAACCAUCAAGGAAGAUUUUGACAAAUAUUUUGAAGAAGACACAGAUAGAGAAACAUUGGUACAAUGGAAAUCAAGCUUUGAACAUAAGUUACUAAUGCUUAAAGACACACUUACUUCAGACACCAGAAGGAAAGGCAAUGAGCUCAUCAGUCUUAAACAAAGCCAAAAAAGACUAGAUAACCAAAAGUCACAAUAUGAAAAUGAACUGUUAGAGAGGAGUCGAGAGUUGGCUUUGAGCGUGAAGGGUAAAGAAUUCAGUGAUGAAGAGUUGCGUGAGAAAUUCGAUCAACUUUGGACAAGUUGGAUCUACAAAGUUUCUUUGACUGCACCUCUUGUCAAAGAGCCUGACAUUGAUUGGGAUGCUGAAAAUAUCCUUCUGGAGCAUUUCAAAAAGGAGAAAAACAUUGUAGAAAGACUUAAAAAGAACUCUGGAGAAAAGUUUGAUAUUAAUUAUGCCAAACAUGUCCAAAUGAAAAAAACGUUUAGGAUAAUUCCAAGGUGUUUGGAAACCUGUCAUAAAGAAUCCAUUAAGAAGACUACUAGUAACAUUUCUUUAAGAUUUGAGGAAAUAAUUGAAAACAUUUGGAAACAAAGGCGUGAUUACAGUCAGAAUGAUUUUCAUGAGAUCUUGAGGAUAAUAGAAAAAGAACUGAAAUCUGUUCCCCCUGAAGAAGACUACACAUUUACCAAGGAGUACAACAUUGAUUUAUCUGUAUGCUUAUUUGAAAAAGCAUCUAAGAAAUUCAAGGAAAUAAACAAGGAAUUCAAGAGAGUAUAUCAUCCUGUGAAUUAUCUGGAGAGCAAGAAAGAUGAUUUCUUCAUCAGUUUUAAGAUCUCCUGCCAAGGUGCCACCUCCAUCACAUCCUUUGUAGACUUCCUGUGGCUCAAGCUCACUCCUGCUAUCUCUGCCACUAUAUGGGAGAAAAUGGGCCUUAAAGUAGCUGGAGACAUGAGAGCUGCCUGCGCUGAAUUCAAUGGGAACAGGGCUAACCUGGAGAAACAUAUUCUCAUUUCUCUGGCAGAAGAAGAAAACUUUGAUAAUUAUUGGCAGUACAUUCAUCAUCCAGAAUCCUUUUUCAGGGAUUACAUUAGAGACCGUAUUAGAAGAUACUUGUCAGCAAAAAAAGGUAAAAAAAUAAAGACUUUUAUAAAAAUAAUUUUAGGUGACAUCAAGAAUGUCAUCCUCUCUGCCAUUCAUGAGUCCACAGCAGUAACUAAAGAUAACAGCACUGCUUCUCUCUGGUUGGAUUUGUUCUGUGAUCACCUAGGGAGCAACCUGAUCUUUCCAAGAAAAGACCUGAUAAGCAUCGAGCACCAGGAGAUAAAGGACAUUGAGUUUCUCAAAGGAAUGAUGAGUACAGCUUUGGAUUCUGCACUGAAAAAAGUUGAAGAGAACUGCAAAAGUAAGUCCAUAGAUGAAAUGGUUCCUGACAUUGAGAAAAUUCUCUCUGACCAGCUCUGUGGCUGCUGGAAACAGUGUCCUUUUUGUAAAGCAAUUUGUACCAACACCAUUCCUGAACAUGAUGGAGACCACAGUGUGCCAUUCCACCGUCCUCACGCUGUCAGUGGAUGGCGCUAUCAUAAAACAGACUACUUUGUCAUUGAGUUCUGUACUACUUAUAUAGCAAGUGAUCUUUCAUUUCUUUUACAUGACCUCCAGAGUUUCCCAUAUAAGAAAUAUCGAGCAGCAGGAGGUGAUUUUGCCACAUGGAGUAUCACCCCAGACUCAUCUGCCCAGCCAUAUUGGAAAUGGUUUAUCUGUCACUUCAGAUCAAAGCUAGAAGAAAAAUAUGGAAAAAAAUUUACAGACAUAGGUAGUAUUCCAGAUUCAUGGACCAAAAUCACAAAGGAAGAAGUACUUGAUGACUUGAAAAAUUAG